AUGUUCAAGUUUGGGGCAAGCAAGGGUGCCGGAGGAGGCGACGCUGCUCCGGCUGCAAAGCCCAAGGCGACCGGCGGCUUUACCUUUGCCGCAAAGUCCAAGCCUGAUGCUUCUGCCAAGGCCAAGGCUGCCGGUGGUGGCUUUACCUUUGCCGGAAAGCCCAAGGAUGCCGCCGCGCCAAGCUCUGCUGACGCGGGUGACGAGGCCAAGCCCAAGCCCAAGGCCGGAGGCUUCAGCCUUGGCAAGACCACCACCGCGCCCAAGGCCGCCGAUGGCGACAAGGCCAAGCCCAAGGCCGGAGGCUUCAGCCUUGGCAAGACCACCACGGCGCCCAAGACCACCAAUGGCGGCGGCGACGACAAGGGCAAGUCCGAGGCGAAUGCUCCAGCGAAAAAGUCGGUCGGCUUUGCCAUUGGUACCAAGUCCAGCUCCAAGACAACCAGUUCUACGUCUGGUGCCAAGACCAUCGGAAAGGCGGGCGCCGGAGCGUCUCCUGGAGGAAUUGACUUCAAUCCGACGUUCCGCACUCUGUUCGAGACGCUCGAGGCUGCCGAUGCGCGACGUGUUCCGGUCAAGAAGCUCUCAACGUACCUCGACGUCCACAGCGGGGCGAUUCUCAAGCCGUUUGCGUUCUUCAAGCCGCAGUCGGCGGCGUCGGCCAAGAAGGUCCGGAGCGGGAGCGUGAGCUGGCGCGGCAAGCCGCUCAAGGUCGACAAGCAUCAGGCAGACUUUGUGGUCCGCGUUGCAGGCCUUGUCGGCGUCGACGAGCUUCAAGUUCUCGGCCUCCUCCACGCCUUCUUUUACACUCAGGGUGUUCGCAUGCAAUCGUUCGACUACAGUGACGACACCUUUGCGCUUGCUGUUGCUGACCACUACUUUGACGAGCGGCUUUGCAUCUUCCACUGCAUGGGAGCCAUGCUCCGCAACGCGUCGGAUGAGACCAACGCUUACCACAGCGUUUGCAAGGCCUUUGUCGACAAACAUGUCUCUGCCACCUUUGCCGCCGCCCUCGUCGACGGAUACAAGGCGCUCGCCGCCACCGAGCUCGAGCCUCAGUCCGAUGUCGGCACCGCUCGGCACGUCACCACCGCUGCCGCCCUCGCCAACAUCCGCGAGCAGCUCGCACUCCUCGAAACCGUCUUCCUCGCGUACUACUCGGCCAUCACGCCGCGGUUUGCUGACCUCGACUUGCUCAGCAACCUGUUUUACAGCCAGAACUUUGGCCAGAACCAGGUUAAUGCGGCGCUCCUCCCGCACGGGGCAGGCAUUCUCAUCGACCGUGUCUCCUACCUCCACGUCCUCAUUCUGCUCGAGGUCAUGUCGCUCGAGGGCUUCCUGCCCGUCGCCUACGAGGACCUUGCCCUCGGCCCGGAUGACGAUGUACAGGCCGAGUUUGGGCGGAGCCACCCUUACAUCGCCGACCACGAGCAAGUUCUUGCCUUUCACAAGACGCUUGUCGGCUGGAUGGAGAUCUCGAGCUCGCUGUUCCUCGCCCCGAUCCUCCUCGGCUGGGCUGCGGUUCUCGAGCGCGAGCACUAUUUUGCGCGCAAGAGCGCCGAGGAAAACAACAAGGGAGACAUGAGCUUUGCUGGCGGCAAUAGCGACAGGUCGCCUGAUCCCCAUUCUGUCGCCAUGGGGUACGCAAUUGGCCAUAGCGCCUUCGACGUCCUCAUUGCGCUCAUGCAGCUCGAGUCGUCAGAACUCGAAGGCUUCAAGCCCAACUCGGUCGGUUUCAAGUCGGUUCUCAAGGGCCUUCUUUUCUCGCUCAUCACCUCGUUUGGCGCGUCAUCCCUGGUUGCUGCCGCGCCGAGUGUUGUCGAGUUUGCCGUCCAGAUCUUCGACUCGGAGCCCGACCUCGUCCGCCAGUUCUGGCACGUCGACUUUCACUCGAGCACCCUCCGCUCGCUGUACGACACCUGCGUGGCUCGUUUCCCUGUCCAAUUCUACCCGCUCUGCUCGCUGCUUCGCGCCCUGGCGUCCGACCCGGACUGUGCCCGCAUCGUCACUGUCAUCCUCGGCGAACUCGACACGCUCACCGCGGUCGUUGACGACAACUCGGUCGAAAGAUACAGCUACUCGAGUGAUGAGCCGGCCUACCCGUACGAAGAAGUCGAGUACUACACCCUCCACGACAUUGACCUCGGCAAUGCGCUCAACAUCACGCUGCCGGCCGGAACAGUCGGUGUUCGGCUCUCGGAGCCCGACAUGCCGCUCACCAUCCAGUUCCACAUCCGCUACUCGGCUUGGCACGUCCUCUACGCCACGCUCGCCAAGUUUGCCAAGAGCGUGUGUGACGGCGCACCGGCGCUCGACCUCGUCGAAAGCGUCACCUGUAUUCUGCAGCUGAUGGCACGGCUGUUGGAGCAGCAACCGAGCCUCGACAACAUGUUCCCUGCAGCAUACGCCGAGCCGGAGGCCUUCGGUCGCGCCAACCCGGCGCUGGGCAAGCUCCUCGGCUCGCCGGCGCCCAUCAAGCACUUUCUCCCGCUCCUAUUCCCGAUUCUCUCGCUCUGUGGCGCGUACUCGGAUCCGCCGCUGGACAUGCUCACCGCCGCGCUUUCGUGCGUCUCGUACUUUGCCCUCGCCCAUCCGACCGAAGUCUGGGAGCGGCUGCAGUACUCUGACUUUCUCCCGUCGUACGCGCCGCAGGAGGAGGCUUUUGCCACGGGUGCUGCCGGCGGCGGCAUGCGGUCGGCGCUGCAGCGCAUUCUACACAACACUGAGGUGCCCAACGGCGAGUACUCGAUGACGCUGGCCUUUCUCGACCUCAUCUCGACGCUCCUUGUCAACUGCCAUCUCUCGAGCCCGGUCGAUGGCGAGUUUCACAGCAGGCAUGCGCCGCGAACAACACUUUCGUUUGCCGCUCUCGCGCCGGCGGUCGACUACCUCCGCACCGAGGUAUUUGCGUACUACGACGGCUGGCGCUACCGGUCGGUUCUCCAGCGAUGGGAGAUCGGAACCAAGAUUCUUGCUAUUUUUGCCGAGAUCCUGUACGACACCUCGAGCGACGACUCGGUGGUGGCCAUGGCAGUGGCCGAGCCCGGUGCGGCCGACGCGGCGCCGUUCUCGCUCAAGGACUCGCUUGUCGACGCCUUUAUGCACGACGGCUCGCUCCAUCAUGCCCUCCUCACCGUCAUCGGCAUGGGGCCGCACGCUGUGGAGGCGCUGUUUGCUGCACGGCGAACUCGCGAAGCGCAGGCUGUCGAGGCCAUGAUCAUCUCCGCCUUUGAGGUCCUCCACUUUCUCCUCUUUGACCCGUCUGUGCAGGAGGCCAACGCCGCGCUCCGCACAUCGCUCCUCUCACGGACUGUCGGUGGCGACGAACUCUCGCUCAUUGCCGCCAUCGCGUCGUACAUCAACUACCCGUACGCGCCGCGUGUAACCGUUCUUGCCGUUGACACACUCUCGCAAAUCUGCACCAUCUCGCUCGCCUCGCGGCCGUCGCCGUCGAUCCUGGGCUACUUUGGCGCCGACGCACCCAUCUUCCGCGACACCUUUGUCAACCGCCUCAAGUCGAGUGCUGAGGACGAGGCCGUCCGCAUCGCCAUUCUCAACCUCAUGUCGACCGCGCUCGAGACCCAGCCUGGCCUUGCGCAGCUGCUCCUCAACGACGAAGUUGGCGAGAGUGGCACCGCCAAGGGGAUUGCGGCGGACGAGAAGGCCAAGGCCAAGACCAAGCAGCCGCCCAGGUCCAAGGUGGGAGUCACCUCGGGCCUCUCGAUGAUUACCAAACUCCUCAAGCACGCGCCCAAGGCGUUUACCCAACAGCCGCGGCUGUUUGAGCGGGCACUCGCGCUGCUGUACUCGCUCUGGGGUUCGUCGCACUCGCGCGGCAUCAUCCAGGUCCUCCGCGAGCUACCGGACUUUUGGCGGUCGGUCUGUGCACCGUUGCUAGGCAAGCCCAACCCGCUGCCGGACGACCUCUUCAAGCCAGUGGACGAGGGCGAGGGCGAAGGCCUGCCAGCGGAGACCGCGGUCUCGCGGUGCUAUCAGCUUGCGUGCCAGACCUGGGCGCUCCAGAUUGUGGCGCUCGAGCUCUACCACCGAACACCGUUCGGCAUCGACGCCUCGCUAGUGGGUGUCAUCAACGAGUUGGCAACCAAGACCAAGUGGGAGGUGUGGAUGAAGCCGUUCAUGGCGACUUCGUUUGAGCCGUCGGUUGUGGCUGAGCUUCGCACUGCGGCAUCGCGCCUCGGCAUCUCGCUGGGUAACUUUAAGACGCUCCGCACGCCGUCGCACUCGUUUGGUGCCGACUAUGUGUACGAUACCUCGCUGCUGGCCAAGAAGUUUGCGCCGCAGCGCCACGAAGACAACGUCCGCGACCUCUUUGAGCUGCUCCCUGUGGCCAACCUUGCGUGGUCGCUUGCCGAUGCCGAGUGCGCGGUCGUCAAGGCGCUGGCGCUGUUUAUGGAGUCUCUCGUCUUCCGCCAUCCGUGGCUCUUCACCGCCUCGCCGGCACCCAAGCCGAAAGCAGGUGGCGCCGACGGUGAGGCGCCGGCGGCCUCGGCGCGCCAGCUGUUCAACGACGCUGACGAGAGUGGCGCCAAAAAGGCUGCCGCGGCGGGGUGGUACUUUAACGUCCUCGACCUGCUCGCCUCUGUCGUGGCCGAUCAUGCAGGCGACGACCGGGUCGUCGAGGCCAUGCUGCUCGAGAUCAUGGACAUGUUUCUCUCGCUUAUCUCCGAGUGGACACUUGGUGUCUCGGCGCGCCUUUCUGGUGACUCGCUGCUCCACGACGUGCCGCAGCUCGCGCCGCUGCCGCGGACGGCCAGGCCGCUCACGGCCGCCAACGCUGCCGUUCUUGUCAGCAAGCUCCGGGUGACGCUGGACAAGCAGCUGGUGGUGUAUCGGACCGAGAAGGCUGCGGGCGUGCCGCCGCUCCUCCCGCCUCUGGUCACGGCCCUUGUCAUUCUCCUUCGAUACACUCCGCGUGGCGCCGAGUCUGGCAGCGGGGCCGAGCCAGUUCCUAGCAACAGCGAGGCAUCGAAGCCAUUUGUCGACCACGAACUCCUACUUCCGCUGCUGUGCGAGACGGUUGCGCUGUUUGCGGGCGAUGACGGCAUGCUCCGGGUUGGAGUUGCUGCGCUCGACGCGCUCCUCUCUGUGCCGUCGCAGCGCAAGCCGGCGCGGAACGUCGAGGUGCUCGCACAGAAUGCCACCGUGGCGACGCUCGUCGCUGCGCUUGUGCGGCAAGUGCGGUACAUGGAGACGCCGGACCUCGCCGAGAUCAUCCUUGACAUGUUCCUCUCGUUUGCCUCCUCUGCAGCCGGCGCCGCGGCGCUUGUCCACGAGGGACUGCUCGCGAAGCUCGCGUCGCACCCGCUGUUCGGCCAGGGGCCGGGCGAGCACGGGCUCGCGAUCUACCUCGAGAGUGGAGAGCGCAACGGGUGGCACGCAGUCUGGUGCCAAACGCUCGCGCUCGUCACCAUGGUCCUCCAGUCGCUGCCGUUUGAAGAGAGCGUCGCCGAUGCCGCGCUCGAGUUUGUAGCGCUCCACCAGCAUGCGCUGGCCAGGGCGCUCUUUGUCGAGACAAACCCGAUGGUGGCGAUGGAGGACACCUCGCCGAAUGCUCCGUCGUCACUCACGCUCGCCAAGCUCGAGGAGAUGCAGCGUGUCGCCGGCCUGCUGUACGUGCUCUCGCAGCCUGAGUUUGUGCAGCGGUGGCAGUUUGUGGUGCCGGGCGCAGCUGCGGCGCACCAGGCGCGGAUGACUGCGCUCCUCACUGAUGCUGUUCACCUCCUCCGCGAGUCGGGCACGCUUGCGGCGCUGGUGGUCCCGGUCACCCACGCCGAGUACAAGCUCUCGAACCGGGCACGCGACGAGAGCAGCAAGAGAGAAAAGGGCGGCGCUGCCGCGGCCCAAACAUUGACACGCGACCGCGUGUCGUACGCGCGCCGCCGUGAUGUCCGCCAGCUCCUCAGCGAGGAGCAGUACACCGUGGGCGGCCUGCUGGGAACCGGCAAGCCGGCGCUGGCGGACGCGCUGGUAGCACUCAACACUGAUGUCGCAACGGCUGCAAGGAAAGCGCCGACAGAGGCCAAGAGCAGUUCAUCGAAUGGUGUCUUUGACGCCAACCCGCUGGUGGCGCUGGUGCAAAAGCGGCUGCUUGUGGUUCUGCGGUCGUGUGUGGGCGUGGUGACUCGGCUGGCACCGGACGUCCGCGGCAUGUACAACGGCGACGUCCUGCUCUCGUCGGUCAAGAUCUCAUUUGCGCCGCGAUCGGAGCACAGCUCGCAGCUGCCGUCCAUGUCGGUACUCGUCGGCGCGACGCGGCUCUGUGUCGACAUGGUGGAUGCCAUCGGAGAUUCGCCGGCUGCUGACCAGGCUGCGCUGACCACGACCAAGGCCGUCCUCAUGUACAUCAUCGAGAACUGUACCUACGUCCUGCUCGGACACAUCGUGUUCUUUGUCAACACCAAAAUGUCGCGGAGUGAGAGCAUGGACGUCUUGCGCAACGUCGCCAGCCUCCGUGAUCUCCUCGCCAAGGAGGCCAUGAGCGGGAACAAGUUCCUCGCAACUGCACGGGAAAUGCUCGAGUCGACAAGUUGCGUCGAGGUUGUGCGCUCGCGACCCAAGAGCGUGGUGGCCGGAAUGGUGGCGGUGGCGGCGCUGGUGAGGAGCGUGGGUCGAUACCUCGCGCUGACGCCGACGGAGCGGUGGCACUUCUGGCGCGGCGUGGCCAACCUCCGCCGGUUCUCGCCGGUGGUGGUAGCCAACACGCUGCGGUGGGCAUGCUCGGUCCGGGGCCUGCGGUUCAUGGCUGCCACCUGGGGCCUGGUCGAUGACGAGGCGCUGGCGGCGGCGGCGGUCCCGCUCCCGGCUCGGGCGCCGGUCCCGGACCUCCCGAUUUGGAUCCCGCUGAUGUACGAGCACGCCACGCUGCGGAGCGUGGCCGAGCCGGACUCGGUGCCAGCUGUGGCGAGUCAUGGUCUGCUGGGUGCGCGGGCGUAUGCGCGGGCGCCCGACGGAGGAGCUGAUGCGCCCGAGACAGUGGCGGCGCUGCGGCUGGCGCCGAUGGCGGCGCUGACGCUCCGCGGCGAAAAGGUGGGAAGGGGUGUGAUGCGGAGCGCGCGCCCGUUUGAUGGCAUGUAUGACGGGAGGGCGGUGGCCGUCUUCCGCAACACCGACGCGUACCACUUUAGCGCGCUCUGGACCGAGCUCCCCGGCUGUGGGCUCUUUCUGCCGUGGGCGGUGGACGAGGCCUGGGAGGCGCCGCUGGCGGCGGUCCUUGCCGGCGACAUGAGCCCGGCCGAGCUGCAGGAGGCUGAUCCGGUGCUGUACACUGCGCUGCGGCGGCGGUGGGUCCUGGCCACGCCGGCCGAGUGGGUGGCGGCCGCGGAGCACUGGGAGGCGAUCGUGGACGAGGCGCGGGCGCAGUUUGCGGCGACCGGCUGGGUCCUCCUCGAGGGCCUACUUCCUGCGGAGCACUUUGCGGCGGUCCGUCUUCACUGUCGCAUGCUGUUUGAGAAUGGGGCAUCACUCUUCCGCGCCGAGAACGGACACUCCAAGUUCCGAUGGACCGAGCCCGUGGCAACGUACCUCAACAAUCAGCUGACGCCACUGGUGGCGCGCAUUGUGGGUGAGCCACUUGUUCCGGCGCGGCCGAUCACCCACUGGUACCUUCCGCGGUCGUCGCUCCUCUUCCACAUCGACGGUAUGCCGUACACGUACUCGAUGUCGCUCAACGUGGACGAAGUCCGCGACGCCGACGCGCAUGUACCGUCGUUCUCGUUCUCAGUCAUCACCAACUCGCUUGCGGCGCCUGUGGCCGACUUUGAGCUUCCGCUUGGCGUCGCCAUCCUCUUUAAGGGCUCUACGCUCCCGCACUACCGCGACGUGCAGUACUCGCAGACGCAGACGUCGAUGUCGUGGUCGUUUGACCGCGUGGCGUUUUAAUGGCUGCAGGUUGGGACGGUGCGGGCUCACGCUGACGCCGCGACCUCGUCGGCGGGCUCGGCGUUGAGCGACUCGAGGUCUGCGGGCAGCUCGCGGAUGGUGGUGUCGUAGUACGCCUCGAUGGCGCGCAUGUAGCGAGCGGUCUGUGGGGUGAUGAUGUUGAUGGCGAGGCCCUUGCGUCCAAACCGGCCUGAGCGGCCGAUGCGGUGGAUGUAGUUCUCCUUGGAGAGCGGUAGGUCGUAGUUGACGACGAGCGAGACUUGCUGGACGUCGAGGCCACGAGCCCAGAGGUCUGUGGUGAUGAGGACGCGGGCGGCGCCAGAGCGAAACUCUUGCAUGACCGCGUCGCGCUCGGCCUGGUUGUGCUCGCCGUGCAUGACCGCAACGGUAAAAUGAGCCUCGCGC